CUACGUGUCAACAAUUGUGUCAACGGUUAUUCUUAUACGCUAACGGACUUCACCAGUCCUGAUUGUUGGGCUUUUAGUGCGGAACACGUGUAUAUUGUCUUGCGUUAGCCGAUCAUGUCGCUGAGAGCGCUGUAUAGGGUAUAGUCGUAGGUGCAAACUUCGUUUCGUGUUUGGUUUCUGAUGCCAUCCAACUGUUGUCCCGGACAGUUUCAGAAAGUACUACUGUCACGGCGUUGUUGUGGUAAGAUGGUGUAGAGCAGCCGAACCCAUACGCCUUUGGAAUGUCUGGUUCAAGCGGCUACCAAAGACCCCCUUACCAGGACUAUGAAACCCCCUUGGAAGGCGACAUUGCCGCUGUGGCAACGCCCUCUGAAGAAAAGGAGUUCAACACACUUGACGAACCAGUGCUUACAACUAUCACAAGGGAUCUGAAGGCCAUUGGCAUCAAGUUUGCCCAUGUCUUAUAUCCAAAACAAAAAAACACAAUCUUGAGGGACUGGGACUUAUGGGGACCUCUAAUCCUCUGCGUCUUCCUUGCCAUGAUGCUACAGCAGCCAGAUGAUGAAAAAAUACACAGGGGCGCUCCUCAGUUUGCCCAGAUAUUCGUCUUGGUGUGGCUAGGUGCCGGCAUCGUCACAUUGAACUGCAGACUUUUGGGAGGAACGAUAUCAUUCUUCCAGAGUGUGUGCGUGCUGGGCUAUUGCUUGCUGGCACCCUGUGUUGCAUUAAUCAUAUGCAGAAUCAUUCUGCUAGCUGGGAACCAGACUGUUGGACUGUUCAUCCUCCGCUUCUUUGUGACCAUGCUUGGCUUUGGCUGGGCUGUAUUUGCAUCAACGGCAUUCCUCGCAGACAGCCAGCCGUCAUCAAAGAAAGCACUGGCGGUGUAUCCCAUCUGUCUUUUCUAUUUCGUGAUCAGCUGGCUGAUACUGGCGCGGUCACCCUAGGAUCUUGUGGAACAAGCUGGAGACAUAUCUUCCUUUGUCCCUCCUCGUGAAGUGAACUGAACUCAAACAACAAUCGCAGCGUAUGCACUGAUACUGAUUUACCCGUGCAUUGUUCUUUUUCUCUCGUUCAAAGGUGACACUAAGAUGGAGACCUAAUUUAUUUUUUUGCUCGCCGAGUAGCAGAAAGAAGGAAAGAAAAAAAAAUUCGGAGGUGCUUUGGAACUAGUAUGCUUUCCUUUAGAAAGAAGAGAUGUGUUGUUCCAACAGUUCAAAGAACUAGGAGUUGCUUCUACUUUGAUGAAGGUAGCUGUUCUGAGUGUGAUAAUGAGAGUGCUUUCUCAAAAGGCGUUCUUUGCGCUUCGUUUCUGUCUGUGUGGGAGACUGAUUGUUGAAAUGUCUAGUCACAUUCCACAAUUUUCUGUACAAAGAACACUUUUAUAAUAAAGGUUGCUUCUUAAGCCU